AUGCUCCGCUACGUUCUAUGCGCGUGGGCUGCCAGGUCAUGUUACGGAAGCCAGCUCAGUGGCAGCCGGCAAAGCGAACACCACGAAAGAAUCAGAGUUCACCGACCGGCAGAGGAGCAGAUGCUUGGCCUUUCCGCGGAUGGCACUGUGUUUGAUGACAGCUGGCCUCAAGAGAGCGAGAGGCCGGUGAUGCGAAGAGAGCAUCGUGAACCGACACAUCGGGAGAAGCAGGUGGAUGCAGCACUAGCUUCGCUGGAUGCGAAAGACCACAGCAAUGAAGACGUGCAGGACCUCGUCGAAGCUGAAAAGGCAGUCCGCCGAUACCAGGCCAAGAAGUCUUCCGUCGGCUUCGCGGAUGAUUUGUUGGAGGAGCUUCUGCAUGCGAUAAAUCAUGCACCGGCUGCGAAGCAUCUCGCGCCCAACAUUGUCAUGAACCCGGAGUUUGAAGAGGGAUCCGGCUGGAACAAAGACUGCCCGUCGAGCGAGUACCGCGGACACGCAGAUGUCUCAGGAACCUCCUGCAGCACACGGGGCUUCUGGAGUGGUGCCUCGCACAGAGGAUCCAACACGAGCGGGAACGUCUGGAGCAUCAAAUCGCUGACUGACUGCUUCAAAAACACGAGGGGGGCCGUGUACCAGGAUCUCAACACGACCGAGGGCAUGAGCUAUGAGCUGCAGUUCUACGCAAUUGAUGCCUUUCUGGACCGGAAGGCAUCCAACCAAUCUAGCACGCUGCAUGUCGAGGUGCAGUCACCGCCAGGAAACACACUGCUAGAUGAAGCCGUCGUUCUCAGCGGAUCUGCUUACGAGCCGGUUGAGGGCUCCUGGACGCUAGCUGGUCCGUAUCGCUUCAAGCCUCAGAAUGCCGGCACGCGCCUGUACUUCUAUGCUGGCGGAUCAGCAUGCCCCAUGCUGGACAAUGUCGGCGUGAGAGCUGAAUCCUCCGCAGCGUCUUCAACAAGCACCACAACAGUGGUGCAAACCACCCAAGCAGCGGUUGCCAGCACCGCUGAGCCAGCUACCACGGAAGCCACAACCGAAACCACAACCGUAGCCACAUCAACCACAUCUUCAAGUACCACCACUACAAAGGUGACCACGCGCGCGUCCACACAACCCUCUACCUCGACCUCCACAACAAAGAAGCCAUCCACCACGCAGAGGUCCACCACAACCACUAUCAAGACCGCCGGAACUCCUUUGCAGUCGAGUUCGACUGGGCAACCGUUUGCGGCGGACGAUGACAAGGCCUUGGCGGCAGGAGCCUCUGCCGCGGCCAGCGCGCGUGCAAACGGUCAGAAGCCGCAUCAGCAAGCCAUGGAGGCUGCAGACGCAGCCUCGCGAGCAGCGCGGGCUCUUGGCAGGUCUUCCGAGCAGGUGGCGCUGGCGUCUGCGAAGGCAGCUGCCCUGGCGGUACAGACAGCAGGUGGCACCUUGCAACAAGGCUGCGUGGAGGCAGGGCGCGCAGCUUCCUAUGCGGUGAAAUCAGAGCAGGCAACGCAGGCGUCGACUGCCACGGCAGCGAGCAAUGCAGCUUUCUCGGCUUUAACAUCCAUGGGGCUGCCUGCAGAUCACAUCACGGAGUGCCUGGCGCUUGCAGUGAAGACUGCUUGCAGAGCAUCGGGCACGCAGUCAGAUGCUCUGGCAGAGUGUGCAGGGUCCACGGCAAUGGCAGCGGCACAGCAUGCAGGCAUGACCGAAGACGAACAAGCUGAAGUGGCAGGAAAAGCGGUGGAGGCGGUCAUUGCCAUGAGCGGAAGCUCUGAGCCUGGGAGCACAGAACCUCCGCAAACAACCACAGAAAACCCAGAGCUACAGGUGCUGAUCAGAGAAGUGGAGGAGGCAAAGAAGGCUGCACAGGAUGCCGCGAUUGCCGCCGGCAUGGCCCACGUAGAAGCCGUGAAGGCCAAGGCGGCGAAGGUUUCGCCCGCGACCACCACCACGACCCCAGUGCCGAGCGGCGCGACCUUCGAGACGGAGGUGAUCGUCACGGAUGCUCCUCGGAAUGCCUCUCCGACGUCUGAACCUCCUCUCACAACCUCCACGGUGCAGACGCGACGGGCCUGUCCGGACAGCACCCGCGCUCCCAGAGGAACGUGGGUGGUUUACAACCUGAGUGCCACGCCGAUUCUGCACUCCUGCCUUGUCCGAUCUGUCAAAGACAGAGUUCCGGACGAGUGUUGCUCUGGCAGCGGGGCCGAGAACAUGGUUGGUGCGACCUUCGAGGAGCUCUACUACUCAAACGACUACGGAACUUGCCCUACGCUCACUUUCGCCGGUCCCCUUGCCGGCGCUCAUGUCAAGCUGCAAUGCAACUUCGACAACACCAUCACCUACGGAGAAGCCCGAUGUGGGGGAGACUGCAGCUGCACCUUCCAAGAUGUCUACGGGCCGGGCUGCUACAGGGCCAGCGAUGCGCUGCCGGGGACUGCCUGGUUCUUCAUGACAGCUGGAUGCGACUGCACUGACGCAAAGGCAGUCCAGCCACAUCAGUUUAGCUUGCCACCGCUUGACCAAAAUGUCAAAGCCGGAGACAUCUUGAACGUCGGACCGGAGGAAGCUGCGAAAGCGCUGAACCGGCAGCGCCAGCAGCUGCGAACCUUCUACGAUGAGAUGGUGAAGGAUGAGCAGGUGCUGGCCGGCGUGGUUGGCAAGUUGUCCAGCGGCAAGCCGAUUGCAGAUGCCAUCUUUGGUAUGGACACGGGCGAGCUUCCGGAACAAGCUACCAAGCGCAUGCUGGAUGUGGCUACUCAGGAUCCUGGCUCCGCCAAGUACGCCAUCAAUGCCACGGUCUCCAUCAUGGGCCACGCGCUGUCGACCCUGAAGUCCGGCAAGCCCCUGGCAGAUGCAAUCUUUGGCGGAGACACCAGCCAUCUGAUCCAGCCGCACCUGGUCCAGCGGCCUGGCGCACGUGGACCAGGUGGACAGGACUUCUCCUUGCCAAUGUCAUCCUUUGGAGGCCAGUUUCCAGACUUCCACGCUCAAGCCUCCGGUCAACCGGUCUUGGAGACGGUGCGCUUCGCGGGAGAGUUCAAAGCCAUCAUUGGCGACAACGUCGAGCAAUUUCUGCAAGAGUGCUCUGCGAAGCUGAAGCCGGUAGCCUGCAAAGAUGCGCAGCCCGGCUCUGUGAUCGUGACCCUGUCGGCGGCCAGCUGGGCAGAGCUUCACACUGCAAACGUCCUUAUUGACAAGGGCGGAUUCGAGCUGCCAAGCUUUGGCAAGUUCGAGAAGGAGCAGGACACCCAGAAGGGCCCACUUUCGGCGAAGCAAGCUUUCAACGCAGCCGCAGAGAGGACACCAGAGGAGACAAAAGCCGACUUGCUCAAUCCAGACAUUACAGCCAAUGAUGUAAAGGUUGUUCAGAGCAUCUUCGACAAGGUCCAUGAAGAGGAGGAGAAGGAGGCGGAAGAUGGAAAGCCUGCCAGCGGGAGCGCAACGGAGGCAUCCCAAGUCCCCAGUGCAGAGGAGAGAUCCGCAUCGGAUGCGAUCGUCGGGAUUAUGUUGCUGCUCUUCGGCUUUGGCUGCAUCGGAUUCUGCGUUUUCUAUUGGGCAGCUGCUUCUAAGCGAGUGAAGCAGAGGCUGCAAACAGCGGCGUCCAAGCGCCUCAUGAAGAAAGGCAAGGAAGGGGAUACUCAGCUCUACGUCACCAGCAUUGAAGGCCUGCAAGAGAAAGAGCAGGUCUUCUUGGGCAAGGAGUCGAUCACGAUCGAGAGUGUAGGCCUUGCCAUUACCGUGGUCGACGGGUUAGCAGAUGCUUGCACAUCUGGAGAUGCUAUCGUCAAGGUCCCUCCGGAGAAUGCAGAUCAGAAGGGAGCUCUCAUCAAGGAUGCUGCGCCAGGCGACAAAGAUAUUGUGGUGACAAGUGCUCUUGUUGUCAAGAAGGGUGAGAAGUUGAAGAUCGGCGCAAGCGAACAAGAACUCACGAUCAAGUCCGUAGGCAAAGUCGUGAUGGUGUCUCCGCUGAAGACAUCCCAUGCCAUCGGUUCCAAGUUGCGCAAGCAGGGCGAGGCAGAACCACAAGCAGAUGAUGCCGACAAAGAAGAGACAGCCGGGGAGGAGACCGCGGCAGAGGAGGCCGCGGCAGACGAGGCCGCAGCAGAAGAGACCGCCGAGGAGAAGCCGCAGGAUCCGGCACCAGCUGGGUCGCAAGACUGA